AUGUUUGUGGCUCUGCUCGACUUGGGAAAGAACAGCAAGACACUAGGAGGAGUAUCCAGUACGUUUUACGCAGGAUCAUCUAUGUUAGGGUUUGAGACUUGGCGGGUUGAUUCGCCGUCUUGUCUCAACAACUUCAUUUGCCGGCUGGCUCUCCCUAUAUCAUCCAUAGUCGUGUUUCUUGUUCAGAACAGAAAGAAGACGAAUUUGUCCUUUGUUACUCAAUACCAUACCGGCUCUACUUAUGCCCUGUAA